AUGAUGGCAGGAACAAAUGAAGGCGGUCACUGCCGGUUUUGGCUUCCUAAGAAGAAUAGAUUCUGUUCACAGCCGCCUCUCCGUGAUUCCUCUUACUGCGGGAACCACACUUCAAGAUCUAACCAACAAUGGAUUCCCUGCCCCAUCGACCCGUCUCACUCUGUGCUGGGAGAUAAUCUUCGGAAUCACAUUGCGAGAUGCCCACUGCAGAAGCAAGCUCUAUCUUUGUCCCUUCAGCCUUACUACCAAAAAGGCAUCAAUGCCGGCACUGAAGGUGAAGAAGAAGAAGAAGGACCAGUUACUUCGGAGCAAAAGCGGCGAGCUAUCCACAGUAAGACUGCUGAGCAGUUCUUUGAUUUGAUUCGUAAAAUCAAGACCCUCCACGCAUCUGUUGUGGCCCAUGAGGACAUCGUUCGGCAUUCUUUCCAAAUUCCAGAUGCUUGUGCAAUCUGGGCUGAUAGACAAGUGGACCAGAAGUUACCAUUUCAAGAGAAACAUGCCCGGCAACAGGCUUCUAUUCUUGGCAACAUGGAGCAAUUUGGAAUCUUGGAAAAGCCUGGUUUGACGGAUGUUGAACAUUCAGAGGUUCCUGCUGUUGUUGAUUUCGGAGCUGGCAGAGGAUACCUAACACAGAUGCUAGCCGAUUGUUAUGGCAUCAAGAAAGUAAUAUUGGUUGAGCGCAAGGCUUACAAGCUUAAGGCUGAUCGAAGUUUGCGACAAAUAGAGAGCUUGGAAUUGGAGAGGCUGAGGAUUGAUAUUGAAGACCUUAACUUGAAUGCUGUUGAGUCUUUACAAGGGCUUAGUUACCUGGCAAUCGGGAAACAUCUGUGUGGUCCAGCUACUGAUAUGAUGCUGAAAUGUUGCAUAUGGCCCCGAGGUGUCAGAGAUGGUGAGAAGUGCUUCCUCAGAGGUCUGGCUGUAGCCACAUGCUGUCAUCAUCUUUGCCAAUGGAAACACUAUAUAAAUAAAAGUUUUAUGUCAAAUCUGGGUGUGACCAAAGAUGACUUUCAUGCCAUGACGUGGUUCACUAGUUGGGCCGUUGAUAGUGACCAUGAAUAUGAUCUCAGCGAAAUUGAUGAAUCACAGCAUCUGAAUCUCAUGGAGGAGGAUACGUCUGGACCUGAUGCAAAACAGAGUGAAGUUGAAGGUGCUAUUAAGAAGAUGAGUCCUGCAGAUAGAGCUGUACUAGGAUUGAUGUGCAAGGAUAUCAUCGAUGUUGGGAGGUUGAUGUGGCUAAAAGAACAAAGUUUGUUGCAUUCUCGGAUGGUGAAUUACGUUCCACCCAGUAUCUCUCCCGAAAACCAUCUUCUGAUUGCCAGCGGCCGCUAA